AGAGCAGCUUGACCCGGAGGAGAAGCGCCGCAUCGGCCAUUUUGGGCUCAAAGGGGGCUUUUCUGUCACCACGUGAGGGCUGGGUUAGUUAGUCUGACACGGGCACUAAAUCGAGCCGAGCGAGGACUCAGAGAACAAGGGGGUAAAACCCGGGGAAGACGCUGCCUCACUCAGCCGCACUCAUUUCACAUGUGCUGAUAGAGAGAGAGAGAGAGAGUAAAGGAUGCCGACAGUCACUCUGCCUCCCAAAGAAAACGCUCUGUUCAAGAGGAUCCUGAGAUGUUAUGAACACAAGCAGUACAGAAAUGGGCUGAAAUUCUGCAAACAGAUUCUCUCCAAUCCAAAGUUCUCUGAACAUGGAGAGACGCUGGCGAUGAAAGGCCUGACCCUAAACUGCCUGGGGAAGAAAGAAGAAGCCUAUGAACUUGUCCGCAGAGGUCUCCGAAAUGACCUGAAGAGCCACGUCUGCUGGCACGUGUAUGGUUUGCUCCAGAGGUCUGACAAGAAGUAUGACGAGGCUAUAAAGUGCUACAGAAACGCACUGAAAUGGGACAAAGACAACUUACAGAUCCUUCGAGAUCUCUCUCUCCUGCAGAUCCAGAUGAGAGACCUGGAGGGUUACAGGGAGACCCGGUAUCAGCUGCUGCAGUUGCGGCCAGCGCAGCGAGCGUCAUGGAUUGGCUACGCCAUUGCAUAUCACCUCUUAGAGGACUAUGAGAUGGCUGCCAAAAUCAUUGAGGAGUUUAGAAAAACACAACAGACGUCCCCUGACAAGGUGGAUUAUGAGUACAGUGAGCUGCUGCUGUAUCAGAAUGAGGUCUUGAGGGAGGCGGGACUCUUGAGAGAAGCUCUGGAGCAUCUCACCACCUACGAAAAACAGAUCUGUGAUAAACUGGCCGUGGAGGAAACCAAAGGGGAGCUGCUGUUGAAUCUGGAACGGUCUGAGGAGGCGGCAGAUGUGUACAGACGACUACAGGAGAGAAAUCCUGAAAACUGGUCUUAUUACCAUGGCCUGGAAAGAGCCCUCAAGCCUGCAAGUACAGAAGAGAAGCUGAAGAUCUAUGAGGAGGCCUGGGAGAAAUACCCUAAAGGCCUCGUACCUCGCAGAUUACCACUCAGCUUCCUGUCUGGAGAUAAGUUUCGGGAGUGUCUGGAUAGAUAUUUAAGAAUGAACUUCAGUAAGGGCUGUCCUCCUGUCUUCACCACACUCAGAUCUCUCUAUCAGGACAAAGAGAAAGUCUCAAUAAUUGAAGAAUUAGUUGUUGGAUUUGAAACGUCAUUACGGAGCUGUCGAAUGUUCAGCCCAAACGAUGAUGGCAAGGAGGAGCCGCCCACUACAUUACUCUGGCUGCAGUAUUUCCUGGCUCAGCACUAUGAUCAGAUCCGCCAGCACACCAUGGCUCUCGAAUACAUCAAUGCUGCCAUUGAGAGCACACCUACACUGAUAGAGCUCUUCCUCAUUAAAGCCAAGAUAUACAAGCAUGCUGGGAAUAUCCGGGAAGCAGCUCGUUGGAUGGAUGAAGCUCAGGCCCUGGACACAGCAGACCGUUUUAUUAACUCCAAAUGCGCCAAGUACCUGCUUAAAGCAGGUCUGAUUAAGGAGGCUGAGGAAAUGUGUGCCAAAUUCACAAGGGAGGGAGCGUCUGCGGUAGAGAAUCUGAAUGAGAUGCAGUGCAUGUGGUUCCAGACUGAAUGUGCUCUGGCCUAUAAAUCCAUGAAGAAAUAUGGAGAAGCACUCAAAAAAUGCCAUGAGAUUGAAAGGCACUUUGUAGAGAUAACAGAUGACCAGUUUGACUUCCAUACGUAUUGCAUGCGGAAGAUGACGCUGCGUUCCUAUGUGGACCUGCUUAAACUAGAGGAUGUGUUACGUAUGCACCCAUUCUACUUCAAAGCCUCACAAACCGCCAUCCUAAUCUACCUCAACCUGCAUGACAACCCGCUAACGGAUGACAGCAAGGAACUACAGGCUGAUACUGGGAACCUGACUGACAAAGAACUGAAGAAGUUAAGGAACAAGCAACGGAGAGCACAGAAGAAAGCACAGCUGGAGGAAGAAAAAAAGAAUGCAGAGAAAGAGAAACAGUUAAAGAACCAGAAAAAGAAAAAAGAGGAUGAUGACGAAGAGAUCGGCGGACCUAAAGAGGAACUUAUACCAGAGAAACUCGCCAGGGUUGAGAACCCAUUAGAUGAAGCUGUAAAGUUUCUGACACCCUUGAAAAACCUGGUGAAGAAUAAGAUAGACACACACCUUCUGGCCUUUGAGAUCUACUUUAGGAAAGAAAAGUUCCUGUUAAUGCUACAGUCAGUGAAGAGGGCCUAUGCAAUAGACCCGGACCACCCUUGGCUUCACCAGUGUUUAGUGCGCUUCUUUAAAGGAGGUUGGAUGGUAAACGUUGGUGGAGCACAGAAGAAAGCACAGCUGGAGGAAGAAAAAAAGAAUGCAGAGAAAGAGAAACAGUUAAAGAACCAGAAAAAGAAAAAAGAGGAUGAUGACGAAGAGAUCGGUGGACCUAAAGAGGAACUUAUACCAGAGAAACUCGCCAGGGUUGAGAACCCAUUAGAUGAAGCUGUAAAGUUUUUGACACCCUUGAAAAACCUGGUGAAGAAUAAGAUAGACACACACCUUCUGGCCUUUGAGAUUUACUUUAGGAAAGAAAAGUUCCUGUUAAUGCUACAGUCAGUGAAGAGGGCCUAUGCAAUAGACCCGGACCACCCUUGGCUUCACCAGUGUUUAGUGCGCUUCUUUAAAGGAGGUGAGUGA